GACCCGGCGAAUUCCUUCAUUCACUCCCCAACCUCUGUCACCAUGGCCGACGAUGAGCAAGAUGCUUUGGACGCGCUUGAGCGUGAGGCCUCUGACUUUGUCAAGGAUGCAGAAAUUGACCGCAUUCGGAAGGCGUUCUCCUUAGACGCCUACGCGGUCCUUGAUCUCCAACCAGGUGUCCCCGAAUCCGACAUCAAAGUCCAGUACCGCAAAAAGUCCCUUCUCAUCCACCCCGAUAAGACGAAGAACCCGGCCGCCCCCGAUGCCUUUGAUCGCCUCAAGAAAGCGCACACGGCACUUAUGGACGAAAAGUCGCGCACAUACCUAGACGAAUGUAUCGCGGACGCGCGACGACUUUUGAUCCGCGAACACAAGUACUCGCUAGAUUCGGAAGAGCUAAAGACAGACGAAUUCAAGAAAGAAUGGCGCCAAAAGACAGUGCAGGUACUCUUAGAAGAGGAGGCACGGCGGCGAAGACAAGCCAAGGCCAAGCUUCAGGAAGAAGGUCGGGAGAGGCGCAAGGAAGAAGAGGAGUUGGAGGCGCGGAAGCGGAAACGGGACCAGGAUAAAGCGUGGGAAGAUAGCCGUGAGGAGCGCAUUGGCAGCUGGCGAGAUUGGCAGAAGGGGGUGAAGAAGGAUGGGGACAAGAAAAAGAAAAAGAAGAUGAAGGUAUUGGGGUGA